AUGACAUGGGAUAACAUCAGGCGUAAAUGUGAAGCUCGCAUCAACAGCUUCCCUAACUUUACUCUACCGAUUACAGAAGGCGGAGAUACCUUCAGUAUUCACUUCGUGGCACUCUUCUCGCAGAAGCAGGAUGUAAUCCCCCUCCUCAGCUUGCAUGGCUGGCCGGGCAACUUCAUGGAGUUCUAUUCCAUCCUAGAGACCUUGUCCAACCGAAACACCCCCGAGACACUUCCCUACCACAUUGUUAUUCCUUCUCUGCCUGGCUAUGCUUUUUCUUCCCCGCCACCACUUACACGAGACUUUCAACUCCAGAACAUUGCAAGCAUUAUGAACACGUUGAUGGUUGAACUGGGCUUUGGCAAUGGAUAUGCAGUUCAGGGUGGGGAUAUUGGCAGCAAAGUUUCACGCGUUAUGGCGGCGACCUUUGACUCAGUCAGCGUGGAUGACGUUGCAAGGGUCUAUAAGCUCACCAGUCCCAAUUCUCCCACUUCGCUUUGGCUUUGA